AUGGCUUCGGUGAGGCGGGGCGGCCCGCUGCGCUGGGCCCGCCUGCUGGCCACGCUGGAGCUGCUGGCGCUGCCAUGUGGCCUGCAGGAGCGCGAGCACCGGCCUUGCAUUUCAGAUGAUUUAAAAAUAGGAUAUCACAGCAGAGAUCAUGCAACACAAACAGAUAUCAAAGAAAUACCAGAAUUAAAUGAAUUAGCAGUUGCUACACAAGCUUUAAUCAAGCUCACCAAUUCCCUCCAGAAAGAUUUGUUCAUCUACAAAAGCGCCAUUCAAGCACAAUAUGAAGAAAACAUUGAAGAGCAAGUGUCGAAUCUCUAUAAAUAUGUAAAUGGUAGACUGACAGACAUUGAGACUUUUCAUAAACAGAAAGAAGUCCAAAUUCGACAAAGUUACCAACAGCAGUUAUGUGAUGCACUGGCUGUUCUCAGAGGAAAUAUUAAGGUAGGUUUUAACCAUUCACAAGAAGAUAUAGAAUGUUCAUCAGGAAAACUUUUGAGGUUUCUACAUGACAAACUGUGUGAUAAAGAGUCCAUAAUUGAAGAUCUGAAAAGAAAAAUGCAGGAAUAUCAAGAAAAUGAAAGGACUAAAGUGGUUGUCUUUGAAGACGAUGACCGUGGAAACAAAAAGCUUGAAAAAGAGAAUGAAGAGUUCAAAGAAGAGGUUUUCAAACUACGCAACGAGGUUGCUCGUCUUGAGAAUUGUCUGCAACACUCUGAAAAAGAAAAGCAUGCAUUAGAUAGGCAAGUUCAAAGAAUGCAAUUAAAAAUGGAAAGUGAUGAGCAAACUAUUCAACAGUUGAUUGAAUUUCAAGAAGAGAUGAAGGCAGAACUUGAAAACAGAAGAUCAUUAUAUAAAAAUCUGAUAACAAAUGUAGCUGCUGAAAGUUCCCUGACUGCUGAAAAUAGAAACCAAUGUGAAGGUCAAGAGAGGCAAACCAUAGCAAGAAAGAAAGCUGAGCAAAGUAAUGCAACAUGGAAAAAGAAAUUCCAGAUUGUACAAAACAGUCUGCAUGCAAUUAAGGACGAGAUGUUUCUUAGACAAACACUGCAACGCCAGUUUCUAGCAUUUAGAUAUAUAUUUGCUGGUGAAACAAUGGUUUGCCCUAUUUGUAUUGAAAAUGACAUAAAAGGCACAGACAGAUUCAAAGAUGGCUCACAUUUACCUUCAACUUUGCCCCCAUUAUAUUCCCAGUCUACUGGAAAGCAGAAAGAAGACGCAGGUGAAUUUCCUAGGCUUCUAAACACACCAAAAAUGGCCAGUGUUUGAAGAUGGUGCUUUUGAAAUCUUUGAUGCAACGUAGCCUAUUCUGCAAUUUAAGUAUUUGUUUCUAACUCUUUAAUAUAUACUUGAACAUAAUUGUAUUUCUCCAGAUACAUUUUCCUGCAAACCUUCAAGUACAUAGAGCUUUUGGGGUCUCCUUCUUUGGAGAUACGCAAAACCUGC